UUAUUAUACCUACGACCUACAAUAAAGUACAAACAGUGUUUUACCGGUUUAAAUUUGAUUUGUUAAAACCCAUCAUCGCUAAAAGCAUUUGAAAUAACCUUUUGUGUUGUAAACUAUAGAGAUAUAGAGAGCAAAACUUUAAUCGCUGCUUAAGAAACGAGUUCGAUUAAAACAAUUAUUUAGGGAAUAUGCUGGGUUCUGAUUCUGUUGAGGAUCACGACGAAUUCCAAUACCUAAAUCUCAUUCGAAAGAUCUUAAAGCAUGGUAAAAGAAAGGAAGACAGAACAGGUACAGGUACAGUGUCUAUAUUUGGUGCUCAGAUGCGUUUCAGCCUUAGAGAUGGCACUUUUCCUUUGUUGACCACAAAACGUGUCUUCUGGCGUGGUGUGGCUGAGGAAUUAUUAUGGUUUAUACGUGGAAGCACUAAUGGAAAUGAACUGGCCAAAAAAAAUGUUCACAUUUGGGAUGCCAAUGGCUCUCGUGAGUUCUUAGAUAGCAGAGGUCUAUUUGAAAGAGAUGUUGGUGAUCUUGGUCCUGUGUAUGGAUUUCAAUGGCGUCAUUUUGGUGCUGAGUAUAAAACAAUGCACACAGACUAUUCUCAAGAAGGUGUUGACCAGCUAAAGAAUGUCAUUCAUAAUAAAACAAAUCCUUGUUCUAGACGCAUUAUAAUGUCUGCUUGGAAUCCUGUUGAUCUUCCCAAAAUGGCACUUCCUCCUUGCCAUUCAUUGGUUCAAUUUUAUGUAUGUGAUGGUGAACUUUCUGCCCAGUUGUAUCAACGAUCUGGUGAUAUGGGACUUGGUAUUCCUUUCAACAUCGCAAGUUACGCAUUUUUGACUUAUAUGAUUGCUCAUGUUUGUGAUUUGAAGCCGGGAGAUUUUGUUCACACGAUUGGAGAUGCACAUGUUUAUUCCAAUCAUAUUGCUGCUCUUGAAGAACAGAUAAAAAGAAAGCCGAGACCAUUCCCAAAGUUGAAAAUAAAACGAAAAAUUGUCGACAUUGAUGAUUUUACGUUUGAUGAUUUGCAGUUAGUCAAUUAUAAGCCACAUCCAAAAAUAAAGAUGCAAAUGGCCGUGUGAUCGAAUUGGAAAUUAACUGUGGGAAACACGUAUGUUUUUUGAGCUAGCUGUUUUAAUUCGGUACAUUCAUAUUUUAUUUUUCAGUCUCGCGCGAGAGUUUAUUCAAAAAAGUAGAAUUGCAAACGUUGCUGGCAUCAAUUCGAGCAGUAUUGUUAUUGGUUAUAACAGGAAAUACUUCGGUUUGUGUCAAAAUCAUUGAAAACGCGGCAUUUGUUUUUGGUUAUCACGAUGCACUUGAUUCCAGAAAUAACAAUUUUUAAAUUGAAUACGAACAGAAAAUCUAA